ACAGGCUUUCACAUCUCCAAAGGGGGACUUCAGCCUACAAAAAUAUUUCGCGUUUUACGCGGACUUCGUAAGCAAAUAUUCCCCUCCGGGCGACCUCGUGACGAAGGACGACGCGCUGCUGCACGAGAGCGCGGUGGACGACGUGCGGGUGGUCGUCUACUCGAACCGACGGGUGGCGCGCCGCAAGGGGGCGCGCGACGCCGCGCACCUGCACUUCCCGCUCGAGGGCCUCCUCCGCACCGACGACGGCUCCCGCCCGGGCGCCGUCUUCUCCUUCGGGCGCGAGGACGACGAGGUGUGGAAAUUGUACGACAACGAUCCCCUGAAAGACGUUUAUCAGCAUGAGUUCUUGCCCCGUCUACGCGUGUUCUCCGAACAAGCGCACGUCAACGACCUGGACAAGCUCAUCCAGAAAGAACUGGACGCGCUGUUCGGAGCCCCGCUCCCACGAAGCGAGUACCUUCUCGUCAACUACAUCACGACCGUCAAGGACUGGGCUCUGGACGACGCACGGGGCCAUCCCCUCACAAACAGCUCCGGCGAGGUGGAACGCGUCUUAGUCGAGGAGCUAGUGCGACAGGGCAGGCAGGCGUCUGGCGACGGCGCUCUGCUCUUCACUAGAGAGCGCUGCGCAGCGUUGAGGGCGCUGCUGGAGCGGGGACGAGACUCCGUCAAAGUGCGGGUGUGCGGAGUGCGGGCGGGCCAUCGCGCAGCCAAGGCCGUGCAGGUGCUGGACGAGGCGUUCGCUGGACGCUGGACCUACGUGGGCGAUCGCCAGUUGCGCGACUUCCCGCGCGCCGCGCUGGAGGCUGCGUGCGGCGCCGGUCACGUGCAGUUCGUCGUGCUAGACGUGGAGGAGGAGGGGGAGUUGGAGGAAGCGCUGGCCCUCGUCGACGCCGUCGCACGCGACGUCAGGGUGGUCACCGUGUCCAGCGGGGAGGGCGAGAGCCUUCGACGGAGCCUCGGGAGGCAGUGGGUGGCGGUGGAAGACGACUGGAGGAUGGGGCACUUGACGGCGGAGGCUCAGGAGGCGAUGAUGAAGGCCUCUCUCACCUUCCAGGGCUGUGCAAUGCCUCUGCAAUCUCUGGCGCCGUCGUGGAGCUCCCUCGCCGAGGACGUGGACGGCGCCUUCCUCAGCGCCCUGCUGUGCGGGGAGGCGGCGGUGGGCGCGGCGCCGCUCGCCCCGGCCGAGGGCGCCUACUUCCCGCGCACCCUGGAGCACCGCAGCACGCUCGACCCGGCCGUCCUGGGCGCGCUGGACCCGCGCCACGACCACCUGGUGCUUAGCGGCUUUCCCGCCUCCGCGCUCGAGACGCUGGCGAGAGGGCUUGCGGGAGCGGGCGAGGGCGCGACGCACAGGCUCCCAGCGCGCGAAGACGAGGGCGAAGCGACGACGUGUGAUGACACGGCAGAUAAAAAAGAUGACACGAAGGAUGCUGACCAAGAAUACAUUUCGGAUGAACGCAGCGGCAGGCAUUGCGACACCGCCAUCAGCUGCGACGAAGGCGGCGCGGAGUUAUCUCGAAGCUGCUGCGUUUGGUUCUGGCAACAUUGCCGUCUUCAUCGAUGGAGUUGAUGAAAUUUGUCCUUCAUUCAAGGACAAAUUUAUUCAACUUCUAAACUUGUUGCUGGAAACACCCGUACAGCUCGUGUGGGUUUCUUCGCGUCCACAGGUUGAGGACGCUCUCAGAGAAGUUCUGAAGUGCCCGACUUCAUCCCUGCGUCCGUUCACGGUAGCAGAACAAAAUGACUACCUUUGCCGCUAUUGGGCGUCUGCGUGCGACCAAUCGCCUGAAGAGUUCAAGGCCCUCGCUGGCGAGAUGGUGGCAGCCCUGCACAGCGCGGCGGGGCAAGGCCGACGCAGCCUUCUGGACGUCAUGCUUCACGCGCAGAUGGCAGCGGAGGCGUACGAAUCGAAGGCGAUUCACGCUCUUACAACAGGGGGCAGAUUACUCCCAGAAGGCGGCAUCACUCUCUACGAGUUAUACCGAAGCUUCGUGGACAAGAAAAGAGGCUUGUGCAAGGAGCGCUUUGGACUGACAGAUGCCAGUUUUGUGAAUCUUCCUAUUGUAGAUAAUUUUGACGAGGUCCAUCAGAAUUGUGCAAUGUUCGUACUGUUAUCGACAGGUGCUUACAACAAUGUUGAUACCCAACAAUUCGCUGAGUACCUCGCGCUAAAUAGAAACAAUAUAAGCAAAGAAAAGAACGGAAUCAUGUGGCUAGAAGAUGACGGAACACCGCACUUCCUCCAUUCCACGUUUGUCGAAUUUUUCGCGGCCAGCUGGAUCCUCUCGCACGCCAACACCAACACAGCCAAAGGCUUGUGGUGCAGCCUCCUCGACUCGAAGAAGGGCGCCGGAAUGAAGCAGAUCCUGGAGCACAUGCUGGUCGAAGGCCUGCCGCUGCACCACGCCGUGCUGGAGGGCCGCGAACAGGCCCUGGAUGAGCUGCUCGAGUCGGCGACAGUCGACUGCUUCGGCCGCACGCCGCUGCAGCAGGCGGCGUCGCUGGGCCGCGCCGACGCCGUGGGCGCGCUGCUCGCCAGGGGCUUCGACCCCGGGUCCCGGGACGCGCUGCUGGGCUGGACGGCUCUGCAGUACGCCAGCGCCUCCGGGCACCUGCAGGCGGCCGACCGACUGCUGCAGGCCGGCGCAGAUGCUUCUCAACUCGUCGUCGAUGACGUAAACGCGGCUUUGUUCUCGGCAGCGGACUUGGGGCUCAAACAUGUCAUGAUAUGUCUGCUGAAUAUAGGAGCAAACGUCAAUUGGCGAAAACAUGGCUUGACACCUCUCAUGAUUUCAUCCAUACGAGGGCACACGAUGAAUGUGCAACUUCUUUUGGAAAACGGGGCAGAUCUACACCAACGCUCAGAUGAGGGACAAACUGCAUUACACUAUGCCUCUGCUGGAUGUCAUCGUGAGGUUAUGCAGCUUCUUUUGGACCGCGGCGCCAAGCCACGAGAAACAAGUGUAGAUAGAACCCCACUGAUGUUAGCUUCUGAGAAGGGCAAUGCACUGUGUGUGCGUCUUCUUCUGCAAUACGGGGCUGAUGCUCAUAAAAAAAUCCACCUAACUUCUGCUCUACACUUCGCAUCCGAGAACAGCCAUUUUGAAGUCGUAGGUAUUCUUCUCGAGGCCGGUGCGGACCCAAAUGAUCGAAACAAAAGAAAUGAAUCCCCUCUAAUGUUAGUUUCUAAAAACAAUAGUCCAUCCAUCGCGACAUUGCUUUUGGAACACGGAGCAAACGUUCAUGGAGUCGACAACGGGAAGUGGACUGCACUGCACUACGCCGCUGCUAACGAGCGACUGGAGGUGAUGACCGUUCUCCUCGACAACAAUGCUGAUCCGAAUCCAAAAACUAAAUGGGGAAUGACCCCAUUGAUGAUGGCGGCUACGAAUAAUAAUGUACUAGUGGUUCGGCUCCUUAUUCUACAUGGAGCAGAUGUACACCAACAUGACAUUCACAAGAGGACAGCUCUACAUUUUGCCUCCGACAAAUGUCAUCAUGAGAUUAUUAAUCUCCUCCUUCAGAGCGGCGCAGAUCCAAAUGCUGAAACUAAAUGGAACACUACUCCUUUGAUGUUAGCUUCCAAAAAUGGAUGUGCACUUUCUGCCGGGCUUCUUUUACAACAUGGAUCGAACAUUCAUAACUGUGAUUCACAAAAGAAAACUGCUUUACAUCAUGCCUCAGCAUUUGAUCACCUUCAGGUAUUGCAGCUCCUUCUCGAGAAGGGCGCAAAUCCAAACUUGAAAGAUAAAUGGAACACAACCCCAUUGAUGGUUGCCUCCAAACGCAGCAGCGGGUCAGCUGUGCGGCUUCUUUUAAAAUACGGGGCAGAUGUACAUCAGUCCGACACAAACAUGAAGACUGCGAUUCACUUCUCGUGUUCGGGAGGUAACCAGGAAACGAUUACGUUGCUUCUAGAGAGUGGCGCAGAUCCUAAUGCUAAAAACAAAUGGAACACGUCCCCGUUGAUGAUAUCGUCAAAGCAAGGUUCUACCACUUCUGUGCGACUUCUUUUACAACAUGGUGCGGAUUUACAUCAACGUGAUGAAAACUUGAGAACUCCUCUUCACUACGCUUCGGAAAAUGGCCAUGAUCACGUUAUGCAGUUUCUUCUCAAAAGCGGCGCAGAUCCAAAUCCAAAAGACAGAUACGAGAGUACUCCGCUUAUGAUUGUUUCCAAGCAAGAUGAUGUUUCGUCCGCGAGAAUUCUUUUGCAAUACGGGGCGGACGUGAAUCUGUGCGAUAUUGACAAUGAAACUGCUUUACACCACGCUGCACGAGCAGGUAAUCACAAGAUUCUAAAUCUCCUUCUUGAAAGCGACGCAGAUCCAAACGCUAAAAAUAAACUGAACAUUUCUCCGCUGAUGUUUGCGUCCAAAAACGGAAAUGUGUCGUGUGUGAAACUCCUUUUACAAUAUGGAGCAAACGUGCACCAAUGUUGCGACUGUAACGAAAGUGCCCUUCAGUACGCCUCCAAAAAUGGACGUUUGGAGGUUAUGAAGCUGCUUUUGAACGUAGGAGCAGAUCCAAACACUAAAAAUUUUCGAAAUUUGUCUUCGCUUAUGAGUGCUGUUAGUGGCGGUCAUUUGUCGUGUGUGGAGCUUCUCUUACGCCACGGAGCGGAUGUACAUCAACGUGACGGAGAAAUUAAUUCUGCUCUUCAUUUAGCUACCUUGGGAGGUCAUCGUGAGAUCGUGAAACUUCUUCAGAGAAGUACAGAUCCAAAUUACAAAGAAAAUAACAGAGAUCUCCUCGUACGUUAGCUUUCAAGAAAGGUUGUGCAUCAUCUACACGACUGUCGAAAAGCUUCUUUGCAGUUUAUUUGGUGGUUACUUCCUUGUGCAGUUGUACAUUUGUUCAUAAUGGUGACCAAGAGUUUUAAGCUUGUCUCCUAUGCAAGCUAGUACUGUAUUGCAUAUAUUCUUUUAGCAUAUAAGUGAGACGUUCAACAGGGCAGGAUAGUGCGCGCUCUUAGGGCAGGCGAGCCCUUAGCAUUACAACGUUGUAGGAUUUUGCUAGGUAAAUUCUCACCUCUCUGUAAAUCCUGCAUUGAUUAUAUUUUAAAAUUUAAUUUACCUUUCGGUAAGUUAAGCAUGCCCCAUUUCGGGUGGUGCAGUCAAAUCGCGUAUUCCCCGCAAAGUGGCUAGGAGAGAAAACUGUCGGGGAGUUUGAGAGGAAUUUCGGCAGAUGUACCAUUGUACCAUGUGGUGCGAUCGUCUCAGGGGUUGAAGGCUGCAGAGAACAGCGGAAAAAGUGUUCUUUAGAACUUGUAAAUACUGUAUUGUUAAUGACGAAAUAAAUCUGUAAAUAGAAACUCCGUGUCUGUGUUCUUAUUGUAUCACGAGACUCUGUAUCUAUAUUGUAUGACGAGACUAUCAAUAUAAAGCCACCUUAACGGAGAGCCUUGGUGUAUGUCGGGGGUGCAACGCCCAGCAUAUACGAUAAGAAGCUAUGGACACCAGAGACACAUGCAGUAACAGUGGGAGUUAUUUGAAGGGUAAAACCGGACGCGCAGUGAUGAGUGACUAGAAGUUAUAUUGAUAAUUGGAUAGGGCUCUGGUCAUUAUUUGGAAGUAACUGUGAGUAGCGUGGACUGUGAGUAGUAUGGAAAUCUGAUAUUUUGAAAAUAAGAUUUUAAAUGCGCUUUAUCUCCAGGUACGAACAUUGGCAAAGUGUGCUGUAUUAAUUACAAUUAACAUUGUAAAUCUUCUCAUAAUAAAUUUUGUUUUUUAUUGUAUGAGUGUCCACUUAUGCCCACACAUUUCAAUCCUAUAUUAAGUCAUUCUAGUAUCCGUACAGACUGGUUUGUUAAAAUUUUCAAUUUAUUGCACGGUUGUACGAGAGUAUAUUUGUUGCUUUGAGCAGUGUUGGUGCUCUCUUUUGAAAAAUUAUUUUGUGGGUUUUGUUCAGCGGAAUGUUUGCUUCUGCCUCUUGUAAUAAUUAUUUACGAAAUAUGUAUCGAAAAAUAUCUUACAACAGGACAUUGAAGAAUUAUGGAGCAAUUUCCUCAUGCAAAGUAUCUAGGUAUUUAUUUCAAUAGUAAAUUAAGCUGGAAAAGACACAAAUAUUUUGCUAUAGAGAAAGCGUG